AUGGCUGCUGCCGGGAAGGACCAACUCGCUCAGAUUAUGGGAGAUAUCAAGGUGCAAACCCCGAAAAACAAAGAAGGGUACUGGAUAUGCCGAAGACAUGAAUUGUCCGUACCCAUCGGAAAUCUCACAUGCGGUGCAGAGAGUCAGGAACCCUGCAUGCGGACACGAUUGGAGGAUAUCUACGGAUCCAGGACCGAGGAUCCUAAAUGGGGCUGCGUGGGUUGCCUCAUUAAGGCAGCCGGCGAGUCUGAGUAUCCAUUCACGGUAUUGAAUAAGCCAUACCAGACAUACUGCAUACAUUAUCUGCACUGCGGAACUACAUACAAUCCGAAAACGAAAGAGGGCGCCUACUCCUAUUGGGCGUGUGGGAAGCAUAAAGGUGCGGGUCCGGUCCGUCGUAUCAAGGCGACACAUUAUGCCCAUUGUGGUGUUGAGAAGUGUCAAGUCGGCCUGAUAUAUGGGUAUACAUAUAAAGACUGGAUAUGGGCCCUUCCCGAGAAGCCCAAGGACAAAAAGGAUCUGGGAAAAUUGCAGUGGGCCUGCAGAUGCAAGGACACGCUGCAUGAAUGUGAUAAGCUGGUUUGUGUGAUGUGUGCACUUAGGCCCGAUCAUGAAGAGGCUACCUAUGUCGUCCGUUGCCUCAAAGCAGAGAAUCUCGAUAAGCAAGUAAAGACUGAUACGUCAAAACCUGUGAGAUAG